CACGCAUCGUGCAACUUAUUCUUGUCGAUACACUUUCCAUACCGUCGCACACCCCACCCACCGCGACACAAUGGACUACAAACCCAGCGACCAGCGAUAUCGCCAGCGGCAGCCGGCCCUCGAAGACCUCGACGUGCCCCCGCCAUACUCGCCACAGGAGACGGUACCGCGCCCGCGCUGGCCGCGCGCGCUCCCCACCCCGCCGGCCCAGGCGCCGCUGAGCCCCCUCGAGCUCGAAGUCAAGUACCCCGACGGGCGGCGGCCGAACGAGCGGCACGAGCAGCGCGAGCCAACACCACCUACGCCAGGGUGGUACCGCAACCCCUCGUCGUCGACGACGCAGCGCAGCCCACUGCGUAUCGUCGCCCCGCCACCGCCCCAGCACCAGCCGCAGACCCAGCAGCAGGACUACCUCCUCUCGCCGAACCGCACGCUGCCGCCCGGCGCGGCGUUCCCGUUCGCCGCGCUCGCAGCCGGCCCAAGCUCCGACCCACACGUCACGCCGUUCCCCGCCGGCCCUGCGACUGCUGGCCCGAGCACGUCGCCCGCGCGCGCCGUCUCCCCCCGUCCACCAGCCACCCUCAGCUCCAUCCCCCUCGGCAUCCUCCACCGCAUCCUCCAGCUAACGCUCGACCCCCGCGCCACGCCAGAGAGAUACCGCGCUGACCCCGAGGUCGAGAGCGCGCGCAGGCUCUGGUGGCUCUUCAGGAGUAUCCGCGGCGUCGACCGGCGCUUCUUCUUAGUUGCGACGUCCAUUGUCCGUGCCCGCUUCCUGCCCAUUUACCAGUCCCAACUCCCGCCCGGCACGUCCUCCCACCCCUUCCCGCCCGUAGGCAACGCGGAAGACGUGACCGCUGAGCCUGUGUUCAAGCGGCGCUCGCGCGAAGCCGCCGUGCUCGACCGCUUUGUUGCCGUCCGUGUGGGCGAGGACCUCCGCAGGGCCGAGAGUGAGCUGUGCGAGGACUCGGGGCACGAGACCGAGGUGUUUACGAGGCUGCAGCCCGCAGCCCGCAUCGAGGACCUCCUCCUCACCAUCCCGCCCAGCCUCAUCACGCCAUGGGGCCCCCGCGCGGCGCCGCACGCCGCCCUGCCCCUCCCACACACGCACCUCGCCGUCGCGCUCUCCCCGCUCUGGGCCCAGCUCCACCUCUCCUACUCGCCCAUAACGGCGGCCAACCUGACCGGUUUCAACCGCGUCGGACGCACGUUCAUCGUCGAGGUGCGCCGCGGACGCUCCCCCGAGGAGACGGUGCGCAGGAUCCACGAGGCGCUCGAGGAUAUCAGCCGCGGGCUGCUGCCUUGGGGCUCGCGUGUGGGUUAGGCGCGCCGAGCGUAGCCAGGGGCGGAGAUGCUCAGAAGUAAGGUGGGCGUACAGGCCCCCGAAGGUCGAGGUCGCGUGAGCGCACAGGCCCCGUUGUUGGACCGUUGCAGAGUGCAGCUCGUCGGACCAUUGCACAACAGUAGUGAUAAUCCCGCGUAGUAGACUCGGCUCGCACCCUAAUGCACACCACCC